AUGUGUAUUUAUGUGUUUGACACGCGAAAGAAUCCAAGAGCUCCUGAUUUGCAUAAAGUUGUUGAGAAGGAUGAGAAGGAGCUGCUGUUGCUGUUGAUGGCCAUUUGCCUUAGUGAGGGUCUUGAAAUGAGGGUUGCAGAUGGGAAAAAGACAAUUGCAACAUUUUUUAGCUGUGUUAUGUCUGCUAUUGGAGGAAAAAGUGCUGGUCCUGGUCGGUAUAUUGCAAAUGCUGUGGUUAAUGUGUACAUCAAGCACGAGAAGAAGUUUGCUUUUGUGGAUAUGAGAAAUGUUGAAGAAGUGAGCAAUGCAAUGGCAUUAGACGGGAUAACGUUUGAGGCACUUGUGGUGAAGCUAAGGGAAGGCACCGGGCCAAAUGCUAAUACUGGUGUUGUCACUGGAGUUCUUGCAACUGUUGGGGAGCUUGCUAGGGUGGGAGGUUUUGGAAUGAAGCAAUAUCUCUGUGAACUAAUGCCAGUAAUUGUUGAAGCCCUCUUGGAUGGAGCUGCUGUUAUAAAGCGUGAAGUGGCUGUCGCAACUCUUGGUCAAGUUGUACAGAGCACUGGUUAUGUGAUUGCUCCAUACAAAGAGUACCCACAACUGCUUGGUUUACUAUUGAAAUUGUUGAAGGAGCUGGUGGAUUGGGUUCAAACAGCUGGUGGAUUGCGACAGCCUUUGAUUUUACAACUAAAGGGGUUCUCCAACCUGCAGUGCAAGGGGAAUUGUGGCGGAUGAAGGACGUGGAUGGGAGGCCACCCGGAAUGAUUGGAUUGUGGCCAGAAAAGAUUGUCACAUUCAUCGACAAUCAUGAUACAGGAUCCACACAACAGUUAUGGGCAUUCCCUUCGGAUAAAGUCAUGCAAGGAUAUGCUUAUGUUCUCACCCAUCCAGGAAUCCCUUCCAUAAUGAUUUCGGACAACCGAACAAGCUGUAGUUGUUCAUCAGCCAAGCAAAAGUCAUACCCAAAUCUUGCGUUGUGACUUUGUAUUAUUUGUGGAACCUAAUGUUGUGUAAUAGUUUGAUUCAGUUUGUUUUGAAAACUUUAAAUAGUAAACAAGUGAGAUUGAUUCUUUGAUUGAGUU